UACAUAAUAAUAAUAAUAAUACACAUAUACACCCCUGUGCGGCUUGUCCUAUCCCAAUUGCAUGCUCUCAACUCCCUUAUAUAAACUACCCAACAUUUCCUUCUCCCUUAGAAAUUUCAACAAACAGAAAAAGAUUAUCAAAAGAGAGAAAAGAAAAGUAAAGGCAAAGAUGAUCAAGUUGAGGUCAACAAAGAAGUACUUUGGAAGAAGCAGCUCUAAGCUUAGCAGUAAGGCACUUAAAGGAGGAGGAGGAGCUGAUAGUAAUAACAAUAGUCAAAAGGACUUGGGAGCAAAUAAUAAUAAUACUAAUAUUGGUGAAAUCAAAUGGGAGCUCAGGCCAGGUGGUAUGCUUGUUCAAAGAAGAGAAAGUGGUCAAAGUGAUGGAGAAGGACUAAUCACCAUUAGAGUCUCUACUGUCUCACAAUGGCAUCACAUAUCUAUUGAAUCAACUUCUACUUUUGGGGAAUUGAAGAUGAUUUUGUCAUUGGUGAGUGGUAUGGAACCAAGAGAGCAAAGGCUAUUGUUCAAAGGAAAAGAGAGAGAUGAUAAAGAUUACUUACACAUGGUUGGUGUUAGAGACAAGGACAAGGUGCUUUUGUUACAAGAUCCAGCUAUUAAGGAAAUGAAGCUUCUUGCUCAACCCAUUACAAAUAAUCCUUGCUUUACCAUUAGUGUUUAAAAUUAAAAAAAAAAAAAAAAAACAAAAAAUAUAUUAAAAAUAUUGUUCAACAACUAACUACUGAAAAUAUAUUAGAGAAGAUGGACACUUUUAUUAUAGUGUGUCAUUUUAUGUCGGCUGGGGAAAAUUAUUAAAAAUGCAAAAAUAUGUGUAAGUUGAUGCAUAUCUAUGUCAUUUUCCCAUAGUUUACAUCUGUUAAUUACUUUGUUAUUAUUUUUCUUUUAAUGAAGUAGAUGUUGAUUUCCAUGUAAUGCAAUGUGUAAAUCUUUAAAAUUUAAAUGGUAUUUUUGCUUUCUUUUUGGGCCAAA